AUGGCGGCCGACUCCAUCCGUGGGGUCAGCCGCCGAAAUGCGCCUGGUUCUGGAUUUACAGCGACAGGAAGCAACAGAGAGGACGACCCCAGACAAAAACGGGGAGAGAGGAAGCAGACACCACCUGUCCUCCUGCACACCCACAUCCUGGUAGCCAGGCGGGUUCCCAUAUGGCCCUGGGUGCUGCUGAUGAGCCUGACUCAGGGCCAGGAAACAGGGGCAGCUGUCCAGGGCCUGCUGCUGAGUCACCAACUUCCCGUCCGCACCCCUCCCAACUGCAGGUGUGCGGCUCUCCGAGUUCUCCGAGUGACCCCAGGCUUGUUUCAAGCCCAUCUCCCUGGGAGACGACAGCUUUCCACGAGGGACUGUGCCACCAGCGCUGCAGGCCGCGUGCCACACAGCACACGUUCCAGUGCUGGGGAGUGGCAAAACAGGUCGCUGGGCACAGGGAGCCGGGAACGCCUGUCCUCCCCACCAUCGACGGCUCUCGAGGCCAGAGCCUUCGCUCCAGCCCCAGCACAAGCCAGCCAGGGCGCAGGGCCAGGUGCUGCCCGCCAUUCCCCGGGUGCCCCAGGACCUCCCAGCUGGGGCUGGCUCGGACUGAUGGAUCGUCCCUGCCGGUUACCCUCUGGGGUCUCCAGGGCCGCGGAGUUCAGCCGGCUCUUGCAGCGGUGGGGGCUGGGAAGAGAAGCUGCAGGGAGCCCCCAGGCACGGGACGUUGUGGGGGGUCGUCAGGCCUGCUCUGGGGCUAGGACCCCGGGGGGAGUAGUGGGGGUUGGCGCUCUCCACAGCGGUGACCUGGGCCGCGGGUCUCGGGGCUCUCACGCGGGGCGAUGGGGCUCUGUCUUUCGGGGUUGGGGUCUCUUCCGCCGGGUUUGGGGUUCUCUCUGCGGAUCUGGGGAGUCUCUCCCGCGGGAUGAGGGGGGCUGUCCGCCGCUCCCGCCUGUGAUGGCCCAGAGGACCCGAGCUCCGGCCAAGGAAAAACGAGGCUGGACCCUGAACAGCGCGGGCUACCUGCUGGGCCCACAUGCUGUUGGCAACCACAGGUCAUUCAGCGACAAGAAUGGCCUCACCAGCAAGCGGGAGCUGCAGCCGCAAGACGACGUGAAACCAGGAAGCUUUGACAGGUCCAUGCCUGAGAACAAUAUCAUGCGCACAAUCAUUGAGUUUCUGUCUUUCUUGCAUCUCAAAGAGGCUGGGGCCUUCGACCGCCUCCCGGAUCUCCCCGCCGCAGCCUCCUCAGAAGACAUCGAGCGGUCCUGAGUGCCUCCUGGGCGUCUUUGUCUGUGUGUUGCAAUCUAAAGUCAAACCUUAAGAUGAUGGAUAAUCUUAGGCCAAUUUACACAGAGUCGGCUCUUCUUGUUCUCUUUGCCUUGAUGUUGUGUUGUCACAAUUUAAGAAUUUUUUUUUUUGGUAAUUAUUUUAUUUUGAGUGACAAAAUAAAGAAUAGCAAUUA